AUGAGGGUAAUUCCUUUGCUUCUGCUGGUAGUGACCGGCUCGUUGGCAAAUGUCAAGAUCACCAACUUGGAUCGAACCGUCGACCUAUCGACACAGAUUGUGAAAGGAACUUCGGUUAUCAGCUACGAGUCCGAAUCGACGGUUAGCGAUGUUUUCUUCACGCUUGCAGAAAAUGAGGCCGAGAAGUUGGCAUACAUCACAGCCGGAGAAAAUGGCGUUAAGGAUAGCAAACUUAAGGUGGUCAAGGACAAAUCGCCAAAGGAAGGAUUUGUCAAUUUCAAGAUCGCACUACCAAAACCACUUCAAAAGGGAUCAAGCGCCACCAUCAAGGUUGAAUACAAAGUCACCCAAGUCCUCACUGCAUUGCCUGCCAAGAUUACUCAAUUGGAGAAUCAAUUUGUUUUUUAUGAUGGAAGUGCGUAUGCUCCAUCCGCGUACACGGUGACCAAGCAAAAGACUGUUGUAAAGAUCCCUUCCGGCAGCAAGCUACAGAGUCACACAAACGUUUCUCCAAGCUCAAAGGAUUCAGCUGGGGUCACUUAUGGACCUUUUGAGAACCAAGAACCAUUCGCCGAGAAAUUUGUUCGUGUUCAUUACGAGAAUAAUUCGCCAUUUAUUGUUGCAACAAAUGUUGAGCGUUUGAUCGAAAUCUCUCACUGGGGAAACAUCGCCGUCGAAGAAAAGAUUGAAAUCAUACACAGAGGAGCCAAAUUGGAUGGUCCUUUCUCACGAUUGGAUUAUCAAAUGGAUCGGCGCGGAGGCAAAAUUCCAGCUCUUCAGAAGUUUAAGACAGUACUACCUGCAGCUGCAAAGGAUAUCUACUAUCGUGACGUGAUUGGCAACAUUUCAACUUCGGAUGUUCAGCUUCGAAAGAGCAGCGUUGAUGUUGAAAUUCGUCCUCGUUUUCCUCUUUUUGGAGGAUGGAAGACAACUUACAUUCUCGGAUACAAUCUUCCCUCUAGUGAACAUUUGUACAGCAAGGGUAUAAAUUAUGGCUUAAAAAUGAAGCUCUAUGAUCAUAUCAUGGAUAAUCUUGUCGUGGAGAAAUUGGCAGUGAAAAUUGUUCUUCCUGAAACGGCUCGUAAUGUCAAACUUGCAACUCCAUAUUCCGUUGAACGACGCCCAGAUGAAUCAAUUGCUACAUAUCUUGAUACGAUUGGCCGAACCGUGAUUGUUCUUCAAAAGGAUAACCUUGUAGACAGUCACAUUCAACCUUUCACGGUGUACUACGAUUUCGACUAUCACAAUCUACUUCGUGAGCCUUUCCUCGCCUCGGCCUUUUUCUUCCUGCUUUUCUUGUUGAUCAUCAUCUACUCUCACCUUGAUUUCACUAUUGUUUCGGAUCCCGCCAAGGAGGCUCGUGAUCAGGCUCAAGGAAACAUUGAUGAAAUUCAACGUCUUGUCGAUAAGCGCUUGAGAACCUAUGAUCAUGUUGCCGAAGCUGCUCGACAAUAUAAAUCUUCUCGAGAUGAAUCGGCUCUCAAUGGUGCAAAAGCAAAGGCUGACAACGUCCGUGCCGAAUUGAAUGAUUCGAUCUCGCGUGUUCUUGCUUCGUUGAAGGGCCAACAAGACGUUUAUGAGAAGGUUCUUGAUUUGUCGAAGUACGAUAGUCAACUGAAGGAUGCUGAGACCAACUAUCUGGCUGCCGUUAAGAGAAGCACCACCAAAGAUGGUCCCGAAGACAAGGCUCAUGCAACUAAGAUCUCUGAGACACGCGUCCGCUCCGAAAGCAUCCUAACUUCUCUU